AUGGCGAAGAACAACGCUGCAUCUGCCGUGGUGCUAUGCCUGAUCCUCGUAUCGACUUCGAUGCCCACCUCGGAGUGCUCCAGCAUACCGGCUCCGGUUGCCCGGGAGGAAGACGUCCAGUACAUAAAGUGCCAAGUCUGCGAGAAGCUUGCGUCCAAGCUGUAUCGCCAGAUCCCGGAAGAGCAGAUAAAUGAGAUUGCCCGGAACCUUUGUAAUUUGGAGGAGGAGGAAGCUGUCUGGAUUCGCAAGAUUGAUCUUGUUGAGAAAGGGGAUAAGUUAAUGCUUGAAGAAAAGAAUGCUGAAGGAUAUUGCAAUUCUGAGUGCAAGACUCUGCAAAAAGCUUGUGAAGAGGUCGCGAAGGACGCUGAGGGUAUUUGUGCCGAGUAUUUAAACUCAAAAAGCCCCCAUAGUGAUGGAAUGGUCGAUUUUCUCUGCAAAAACGCCACCGACGCAUGCGAUUCCGAACCCCCUCCGCUUCCUAAGGAUAGGACUCCCGGAGAAGCUUUCAUGCCCAAACCAUCUGAGGAGGCCGACGUGGAGAGGAAAGCGAAAUCAUCGACCGAGAGCACGCCGGGAGCGCCCCGCACGAACACAUACUUGAUGGACGAAUCGACAAACGCGAAAAACUCCGGCGAGGAAGACAAAGACAAGGGUACCCACUCGCACUCGAAAUUGGUACGCGGAUCCUCGAAGGAGGCCCCCCUUCCUUCAGAGACCCGCAAGACGGAACUGUAAUGCCCGAGUGUCAGACAGCAAUGCUUGAGCCUUUAAGUUUAUAGUCUUUUAUGUCCAGCCAUUGUAUCGUUAUGUCAUGCGUAAGGCCCUUAAAGAGCAGAAGAUUUCAGAGUCGUUCCGAGAAGAGCUCUUUGGCCAUAGUUUCUACUGUAAGACAGCUUUAUAUCCACAGCAAUUGUACCCUCCACCGGGGGUGGUGUCCAAAUUCCAUAGAGGUGGAAUUCUAUCUGAAAUUUACGAACUU